UGAAGACACAGCUUGAAGCUCAAGCAGUGGAACUUGCCGCCAUGACGGCCAGGUCAAACAUCACAGAAAACCAGGUGGAGGCUCUAAACAGAGACAGGCAGGUCAAACGGGUGGCUUUCUCAGCCUCUCUUCGGGCUUCAGGCUCUGGAACUCUUGGACCAUUUAACACACACACCACUCUGGUCUUCAGAUACGUCGUCACUAACAUUGGGAAUGCCUACAACCCAAACACAGGUCAUUUCAUCGCACCAGUGAGAGGAGUUUAUCACUUUGAGUUCUACGCGGGUGCACAUGGACAUGAUUCACAUGGCUCUUGUGCUAUCUUGGUCAAAAAUGGACAACAUGUACUCAUCUCAUGGGAACAACAACCAUCCGGCUAUGGGAGUUCCUCUAAUGGCGCAUCACUGCUUCUAGAAGUUGGAGAUGUUGUGUUUCUGCGUCUCUGGGAAAACACAAGAAUAUAUGAUGAUCAAAAUCACUACAGCACCUUCAGUGGUCAUCUGCUGUUCACCAUGUGA